GUGACCGCUGUAUUGUUUAAAGGGUCAGACGCAGUAGGGAAAAGGUAAAGGAAUGAGGAAGAUAAACCUGUUUUGAUAAACACGUCUUCUUUGAAAUCACAUGAUCUACAGAAAGUGGAAGUUGUCUUCAGUAUAUAAAUGGUCUGAUCUUGCUGUUUGUUAGUUGGAGAAAGGAGGACUUUGAAAAACCCAUCAAACUGAAAGCGACCCUGGCCUGAAAACAGUCAUGGCAGACUCACAGCGAAUCUCACAUGGAGAAAACUCUCAGGCAAAACAAUCUGAUGAAGUUAUGAAGAAAAUCAUCUUAAUUGAAGAUGGAAAUCCUAAACGAUAUCGUUUUAAAUCAACAACAGAUAAUCUGAAUCAAUCUGAGUCCUACAGAAAAAUCACCUUUGGGGAAAGAGACACAAAUAAACCUCAUAAAAUCAUACUGAUGGUGGGAGAAACAGGCACUGGAAAAACAACUCUCAUCAAUACUAUGAUCAACUACAUCUUAGAUGUUAAAAGAGAAGACAAAGUUUGGUUUGAGAUCACAGACGAUCAGAGUAACACAGCAUCAGUUUACAGUCAGACCUCUGAUAUCACUGUCUAUGGUGUUUAUAUACAAGAGACUUCAGUUGAUUUAACAAUCAUUGAUACACCAGGAUAUGGAAACACUCGUGGAGCUGAGCGUGAAAUAGAGAGAAGAUUACGUUUAUGCACAUCUGAAGAUGUGAUGAAUGAAAUCAAUGCAGUGUGUUUUGUGAUGAAGGCAGAUCAAAAUCUCUCUGACAGACAACGAUACAUAUUUAAGGCUGUUCAGUCUUUAUUUGGCAAAGAUAUUGCUGAUAACAUUGUGUUACUCUUCACGCACUCAAAAGGGUAUCCUCCUAAAAAUGCUCUGAAAGCUGUCAAAGAAGCUAAAGUCAAGUGUGCUGUAGAUGAGAAGAAGAAUCAGCCGAUCUAUUUUCUGUUUGACAACUGUCAGGGAGAAACAUUUGAUGAAGAUUAUCAAACAAUCCAGGAUCAAUCAUGGGAUCUCAGUUAUAGAGGAAUGAGAGAGUUUUUCAAGUUUCUUGACAUGACACAACCAAAAACUUUGGAAGAAAAGAAAUCAGAAAACACAUUGAGUUUAAACAAUCAGUUGUGCAACAUUGAUGAACUCAUGAAGAAAAGCAACAAAAUUAAAGAUGGAAAUCCUGCUCAAUAUCAUCUGCAAUCAACAACAGAUAAUCUGGAUCAAUCUGAGUCAUACAGAAAAAUCAUCUUUGGAGAAAGAGACGCAGACAAACCUCAUAAAAUCAUACUGAUGGUGGGAGAAACAGGCACUGGAAAAACAACUCUCAUCAAUACUAUGAUCAACUACAUCUGUGGUGUUCAGAGAAAACACAAAGUUUGGUUUGAGAUCACAGAUGAUCAGACUGACCAACCAUCAGUUCACAGUCAGACCUCCAUCAUCACUGUUUAUGGUUUUUAUAUACAAGAGACUUCAGUUGAUUUAACAAUCAUUGAUACACCAGGAUAUGGAAAUACCCGUGAUAUUGCUUUAGAUCAAAAGAUAGUUAAAUAUUUGCUUGGCGUAUAUACAUCUGAAGAUGGGCCUCAUGAAAUCAAUGCAGUGUGUUUAGUGUGUAACUCAUCUUACAUUCGCCUUUCAGAUGAACAGCGAAAAAUAUUUGAUUCGAUUCAGUCUUUAUUUGGUAAAGAUAUUGCUGAUAACAUUGUGUUACUCUUCACACACUCAAAUGGGUAUCCCCCUAAAAAUGCCCUGACAGCCGUCAAAGAAGCUAAAGUCAAGUGUGCUGUAGAUGAGAAGAAGAAUCAGCCGAUCUAUUUUCUGUUUAACAACUGUCAGGGAGAAACAUUUGAUGAAGAAGAACAAACAAUCCAGAAUCAAUCAUGGAAUCUCAGUUUUAGAGGAAUGAGAGAUUUUUUUUACUUUCUUGACAUGAUAAAACCAGAAACAUUGAAAAUGACUCAAGACUUUUUGAAGAAACGGCAACAGUUAGAGCCAAACAUCUCUAAACUAAAAUCACAUGUUCAAAAGAUGAAAGAAAACCAAAAUGAGCUGAAACAAACUGAAGAAGCUCUGGAGAAACACAAACAACAUGUCAAAGAAAAUAACAACUUUGAGUAUGAAGUUGAAGUGACCUGUAAAGAAAAGGUUGAUAUUGAUCCAGCUAAAAAAGCACAGACCUGUCCAAUCUGUGAGGAGAACUGUCACUAUCCUGGAUGCGGUUGGAGCUGUGAUAUCUUUGGAUGUAGUGUGAUGAAAGAUAAUCACUGCACAGUGUGCACAAAUAAAUGUCCCUCCAACAAACAUGUCAAAGAAGCCAAAAUAUAUGUAACAAAAACAAAAACUGAGACAAGAACUAAUGAAGAUUUAAAGAAGAACUAUGAAGACAAAAUUAAAGACUGUCUGUCUGUGAUAAAUAAGCUGAAGGAAGAACUACAAGAAUCAGAGAAACAGAAAAUCAAGCUGGUGAUUGAUGCUUAUCACUGUGUGGAGUCUCUUAAGAUGAUUGCACUUAACACUGAAUCUCUGUUCACACUUCUGCACAUUGAUUUUCUUAUUGAGAAGUUGAAGGAAAUCAAUGAACCUGAAAAAGCUAAAGAUCUGAUGAACAUCAAGAGGAGAGCAGGAGAUACCAUAUUACAGGGAUAGUUAACAAGAGUUAGCAAGAGAAGACAUUUGCUCUUAAUGCUCAUAAUUUUGUUUCAUACCUAUUCACAUAAACAAGAGCUGUGAUUACAAUUGUACAUAAUCACCUGGUGAAGUGAAAUGAAUUAACUUGGGGACUAAUAUCCAUUUAAUGAUCAUCAAAAAACUUUGAAACAGAAUCAAACACAGCUAGUGUAAUAUAAUGACCUAUAACCCAUGUGCAUGUUACAUGCAAAAAGAUUAUAAGUACCUCAUUUUGAAAACAGAAAAUUACUUUUCAAUUAUUUUAUUGAUUAUGGUUUUAAUAAGGAUGCAUUAAAGUUUGUAGCUAAUGAUUUUAUACUUUUAAUAACUUUUAUACCAUACAAACUGUAUAUUAUAACCUCUUUCCCUAACCAAAAUCCUAAACCCAACACUUAGAAAGCAUCCUGCAUUUUACAUUUCCAAAUAAACAUUUUGUUAGUUUAAUAAUCAUUUGGACCCCACAUACAGUUAUGUUCAAAAUAAUAGCAAUGCAACAUCAGUAACCUGAUAAACCACUGUUAUUCGUAGUAGUAAUAUUUCUGCAUUGCAAAUGAUUUACUUACAAAUGUAGUAGUGUAAUAGAAAAACAAUAAAACCAUUUGAAAUGAUAUCCACACUACUUGUUCUGAAUU